AUGGCUACUACUAAUGAAAGUAAUUCAACACAAAUGGAACGUCUUACAACGUGUCCUGUUUGUUUGGAUAAAUUUCGUACACCAAAACUUUUACCAUGUAUGCAUACAUUUUGUUUAACACCAUGUUUAACAAAUCUUGUCGAUCCACGAGCACGUUCAUUACGUUGUCCGGAAUGUCGUCGGGAACAUCAUAUACCACCAGGUGGUGUUCAAACAUUUCCUGCUAAUUUAACUAUGAUUGGAUUUCUUGAUCUUCAACCAGCAAAUUCUAGUCAACCUGGUAGUUGUUUUAUAUGCAAUGAGCAAAAACAAGCUCUUACAAAAUGUCAUGAUUGCUCAAAAUAUGUAUGUUCUGAUUGUCGUGAGGCACAUUUACGUGAGGGUUCUUAUAAUAUAAGAUCACUGGUUAGUCAAAUUCGUCGUACAUUACCAAAAUUAAGUGAUAAAAUAGCUUCAUAUGAACAAAGAGUCAAUACUGUUAAAACAAAUCAUGAACAAAUUCAACGCGAAAUAACAUCAGCUAUAGCAAUAUUAAUACAAGAGUUAAAACAUCGUGAAACAGCAUUAUUUACUGAAGCUGAAGUUUAUAUGCAAUCGCAAUUAAGAAUGUUUCGUUUACAACAAGAAACUGCAGAAGUCGAAUUAGCAAGUGUAGCAAGUUUUUGUGAAUCAGUUGAAACAUCACUUGCAAAUGGGCAAGCAAUUAAUGAUGUUGAUUUAGCAAAUAUGCGAUCACAAUGUAGUCGUUAUUCACAACAAAUUGAAACAUUACAUGCUCAAAUGCCAACUGAUGUCCAGAAGUUACGAUUUGCAUUUGAAAAUCAAGCCGCUAUAUCAUCAACUGUUCAAAAUUUUGGUCGUUUAAUUGAUAUUUCAAACGAACAACAAUCACAAACUUCAACAACUCAAGUUGUUCCUAUACAACAAACAAGAUUUCAAUCACCUGGAUAUUCUCAUUCAGCUACAAAUUAUGUACCAACAGCACCAAAUCCAAUGUAUAUUCGAGAACAAUCACAAAUUGAUCAAAUACGGCAUUUAGAAAAUUUAUAUUAUUCACGUGGUUCAACAGCAUCACGACCACCUUUACCAUCUCAAACAUUUGCAUAUCAUCCACCACAAAAUCAUUUUUCUGGAAGUGUUGAUAAUCCAUUUGUUGAUCUUAAUUUUACAAUGCCUGCUCGAUCUUCAACAUCAUCUUAUACAGCAUCAUGGGAUCCACAAUCAGCACGUCGUACGUCAUCAAUUUUUGGACCAAAUCCAUUUCUGGCUACAAAUACUCGACCACCUCAACGACCUCCAGCACCAGCACCAGCACCACCAUCACCACGACGAAAUCAUAUUACAAGUACAACUGCAGCUCGAUCACUCGAAGGUGAUGAUCGACCAAUUUUUGGUGGUAGGGGUAGUGGUGGUGGUGGUGGUGGUAGAGCAAGAGAUCGAGUUCCUACUACAGCACCUAUUCAAGAACAAGAACCAUCACCACUCGGCGAUCGACAGCGACGUGGAACAUUUGUAUUAGAAGAACCGAGUUUACCUAAUCUACCACAAUCCGGUGCUCAACGACCUCGUGAUCCAGUUAUUGUUCAAGAACUUUAUAAUGUUCGAGCAAGAAAUCGUGCUCAAACACCUGUUGCUUUUACUAUUAAUCUCAAUGAAGCAUCUCAAUCAGCACCUUCACAAGCAACAGGAAAUGCUCCUACUUAA